AUGAACCUGACCUUGAGUCUAGCCAUCAAUGGUGGCACCAGCACCGGCACGGGCAAGAAGCGCAAGGUGCGGGACAGCGUUGUCAUCGACGACGUGGGCGAUGGUGGAGACCGCAGCAGGGUCCUGAGGAUUCUACAAGCCAGGGAACGGAUGAUGGCGAGGCUGGAGGUCGAUGAUCCUAGGGUGGCUCACGAUGACGGCGGUGGAAGCGGUGGCCUGCGGCUGAUGCAUUUGCUCCUCACGUCGGUGGCGGCGGGGGAAGCCGGCGACGUGCACGCAGCCACCGCGGCCCUCCACGAGGUCUACCGCCGCGCGUCGUUCGGCGGCGGCGAUCCCGCCCCGCGUGUCGCCGCCUACUUCGCGGACGCGCUGGCGUCGAGGCUGCUCCGAUCGCCCGUGGCGGCCUCGCCGCCGACGCGCGGGGAGCAGUUCCUGGCGUACACCAUGUUCUACCAGGCGUCCCCGCUCUACCAGUUCGCGCACUUCACGGCGAACCAGGCGAUCGUGGAGGCGUUCGAGCGCGGCGGCCGGCGGCGGCUCCACGUCGUCGACUUCGACGUGUCGUACGGGUUCCAGUGGCCCUCCCUCAUCCAGUCUCUCUCGGACGCCGCGGUCACGAGCACCAGCGGCGGCUCCCACGAUGGCGACGGCGACGGCGACAGCAAGGAACCGGUGUCCCUGCGGAUCACCGGCCUCGGGACGAGCGCCGACGAGCUGCGGCAAACCGAGGCGCGUCUGACGCGCUUCGCGAGCGGCUGCCCCAACGUUCGGUUCGAGUUCGAGGGCGUCGUGAACGGACCAAGCAGCGGCCUCCAUGAACGCAUCAUCAAGAACGACGGCGACGACGCGACGGUGGUCGUCAACCUGGCGUUCCCGGCGGCGCGGACCUCGCCGACGAGCACAAGAGAAGCGUGCGGUGAUUUGGCUCGCGUCCGCUCCCUGAACCCUUCCCUGGUGUUCUUGGUAGAGAGAGGCGGAAGCAGCAGCAAUGGCACGCCGAGAGGACGCUCGAGCUUGCUUCCGCCGUUCACGGCGAGCCUCCGGUACUUCGCCGCGGUGUUCGACUCGCUGCACGAGUGCUUGCCGGCGGACAGCGCCGAGAGGCUCGCCAUCGAGAGGAACUACCUCGGCGUGGAGAUCAGCAACGCCGUGUCUUCUUUAGAUCGUAGCCAUGGCGGCGGCGGUGAUCACACGGCGGAGCCUAGCAGCAGCGCUAGCUGGAAGGAUAUGAUGGAGAGCGCGGGGUUCCAGGGCGUGGCGCUGAGCUCGAGAACGGUGAGCCAGGCCAAGCUGCUGCUGAAGAUGAAGAGCGGGUGUGCCGGCAGCGGCGGCGGGUUCCGGGUCAUCGAGGGCGACGGCGGCAGGGCGAUGUCGCUGGGGUGGCGAGACAGCGCGCUGAUCACAACGACGGCAUGGCGGCGGCGGCGGCGAUCGAUCGACAAAACAUCCAGUUAG